CUCUUGCUCCUCUCCCUCGCCUUCCUUCCCUCCCUGCCCUCCUUCCAAGCGCCCCUCUCCGCCAAGGCCUUGUCCCGGGAUGGCAGCGCUGGGCGCCUUGGUGAAGAAAGUGUGGAGCCUACGCCGCUACUUGGUGCUGCUUGGCACCCCGCUGGUGCUGCUGCCCAUCCUCUUCAGCCUGCCCCCCAAGGAAGGGAAAUGUCUCUAUGUCAUUCUGGUGAUGGCUACGUACUGGUGCACAGAAGCUCUGCCGUUGUCUGUGACAGCUCUUCUUCCCAUCAUUCUCUUCCCCUUCCUUGGGAUCCUCCCAGCCAACAAAGUUUGUCCCCAGUACUUUCUAGACACCAACUUCCUCUUCCUGAGUGGACUAAUCAUGGCAGCUGCCAUCGAAGAGUGGAAUCUUCACCGCAGGAUUGCACUGAGAAUCCUAAUAUUGGUGGGAGUGCAGCCGGCCAGGCUCAUUUUGGGAAUGAUGCUGACAACCUCCUUCCUUUCUAUGUGGCUUAGUAACACAGCCUCUACAGCAAUGAUGCUACCAAUCGCAAUGGCUAUUCUGAAGAGUCUCUUUGGAGAAAAGGAAACAUCCCGGGAUCUCAAGAAGGAGAAAGAGGAAAUCCAAGUAUGUACACUUCAGAAUAAACUUCACAUGGUGCCAACUGAGAUGCAGCUUCUAGCAAAUGUUGAUGAGAAAGACUUGAUAGAGGAGAAGGUCACAAUUGAAGUUUCUUCAGAUGUAAGGAAGGAGGAAGAAUACAAAACAAAUGUGUGGAAAGGCUUUCUGAUUUCAAUCCCUUACUCUGCCAGUAUUGGUGGAACAGCAACACUGACUGGAACGGCUCCAAAUCUCAUUCUUUCAGGACAACUGAAGAGUUAUUUUCCAGGGUGUGACCUUGUGAAUUUUGGCUCAUGGUUUGUGUUUGCAUUUCCUCUGAUGGUGCUCUUCCUUUUCCUCGGAUGGCUCUGGAUCUCCUUCCUUUAUGGAUGCAUUAGCUUAAGAGGCUGCAGAAAGAAGAAAUCAGAAAUCAGAGCUGAUGCAGAAGCCAGAGCCAGAGCAGUAAUAACAGAGGACUAUCAGAAAUUGGGACCCAUAAAGUUUGCUGAACAGGCAGUAUUUGUCCUCUUCUGCUUAUUCGCCAUCCUGCUCUUCUCCAGGGAUCCUAAAUUCAUCACAGGAUGGGCAAGUUUAUUCACACCCGGGUUUGUCACAGACGCUGUAACGGGAGUCACAAUUGUGACAAUAUUGUUCUUCUUCCCAUCAAAAAGGCCAACCCUUAAAUGGUGGUUUGACUUGAAAGCACCAAACACUGAGAAUGAACCCUUGCUAUCAUGGAGAAAAGCCCAAGAAAGUGUUCCUUGGAAUAUAAUUCUGUUGCUUGGAGGAGGUUUUGCUAUGGCAAAAGGAUGUGAGGAAUCUGGUUUGUCCAGCUGGAUUGGCGGUCGUCUUGGCCCACUGGAGAACCUCCCACCUCCUGUGGCCGUCAUUCUCAUCACAAUUGUCAUUGCGUUGUUCACAGAAUUUGCUAGUAACACAGCCACAAUCAUCAUCUUUCUACCUGUCUUGGCAGAACUGGCCAUUCGAUUGAAAGUGAAUCCUCUGUAUUUAAUGAUACCAGGAACCAUAGGAUGCUCCUUUGCUUUCAUGCUUCCAGUUUCCACUCCACCAAAUUCAAUUGCCUUUGCUUCAGGUCACUUAAUGGUCAAAGACAUGGCAAGGACAGGCCUGCUUAUGAAUCUGAUGGGAGUUCUACUUCUGAGCCUGGCUAUCAACACUUGGGGGAUGAGCAUCUUUCAGCUAGGCACUUAUCCUGCUUGGGCCAACAUCCAUUCAUCAGAAAAUAUAACUACGCUGUUGGUAGAUGUACAGAACACCACGUUGAAGUCAUUAUGAGUACAUUAUGAACAACAUUAUCUUAUUUUGGAGAGUUUGUUCAAAUUUGAGCACUGGAUCAAAUCAAAUCAAAUACGAAGUAUGCACAGUAAUGGCACUGAGUUGUUGCCCACUCAGCACAAGACUGUUCUCACAUGUUUGUUUUUUAAAAUAUUGAUAAAUAUUCACUGGAUAAUCAUGUUAUGUCUUGGAAGAUCUUCUCCAUCUGAAAAUUCACAUCAAUCCAUUUUGGGUUGGUGUAGACUUUCACUAGUUUCGGGCAUUAAUUGGUGGUCCUGGAAGGUGUCCUUUCCCCAUUUAUUUUCUUGUAGAAACAAAGGGAGCUUUUUCUAUUUUCUCCCUGGGAUCCACCAUCUGAACAUAGAAGUAUAUGGCUACAUGAAUAUUAAACCAUCUUCUCAUCUGAAUGCAGACGCAUGGAGCAAGUGAAACAACAUGUUGAUCUCUCCUGGAUCAGAAAAGCAAUGAAAACAUUACAGGUUGCAUAUUCUUCACCUGACCCAAAAACAAAGCAAAACAAAACAAAAAAAGAAUAGAUUUAUGAUAUGGUUUUUUAAGAGUGAUGGUUAUCUGGCUGCAUCCCUUGCUUUUAAAAGCAGAAACAAGAAACCUUUGGGCCUCUAGAUGCUUUUGGUCUACAAUCUGUUAUAUUUUCCAUUAUUGAUAAAGGUAAUGGAAAAUGUAGGUUCCACAUUUCUUUUAGAAAAAAAAGCCUGGAGCACAGCUGUGUAGAUCAAAUAUGUCUGAAAGCUCUGAACACUUUUGUGGGGUAAGGUGAAAGGUAUUUUAGAGGCAGCAGAGAAGGAAUGCAAAUACGAAAACUCAAUUCUGGAAGGCAUUUAUUGCACUCAUUCUACUUAAAAUUUGCAGUCUGCUUGUAAAUAGAAGAAAAGAUCCAGAAAGCAUGUGACAAAGUAAAAUAGUGUGAGGAAAGCUGGAGACUAAUUUGGAAAAUGCUGCAGCUGAGCUGCCAAUUUGAUUGAAAAAUGAAUUCUCAAUAUCCAAAGGGGUCUUUAUGACCUCAUAUCAUAGUACCAUUUCUCAACUUUGCAGAAGACUUAUUGACAUUUUAUUUAACCUGGGAGUGUUUUUUAUGUACAUUUCAAUGGAAGCUACUAAAUGGGACGAUAUAUCAAAGUAUAAGAUCAUGAUCACAAAUUGAUUUCUGUCUCAAACUUUUGUUGCUACAUAACUGAUCUUGGGCAUAUUUUUCCACAUUCAGCUUUCUUUUACUUGCUUGAAGUUUUUAACUGAGCCGUUAAUCAGAACUGAAGAUUUGCAAUUGUUCCCAAAUAACUAUACAGUGUUCCCUCACUUAUUGCGGGGGUUACGUUCCAGGACCACCUGCAAUAAGUGAAAAUCUGCGAAGUAGGGACACUAUAUUUCUUUUAAUAUUUGUACCUUAUUUUAGUAGUUAGGUGGCCUUCUAUCCUUCACAAGCCCGUUUUGCACUGUAGUUGUUUUAGUUUGGUGAGGCAGGCAACAAUUUGGCAGAGAAGGCUGUAAACCUGCAACUCCCAGGAUUCCCGGGGAGCCAGUGAAGCCUUCCCGGAAGAGGGGCAGGGUGAGAGCGCAUGUGCGAAAGGCAGGCGCUGUUACAGCCUAGUCCUCCAUGAGUUGCUUUGUGUUGUUUAUUUGGUUAGUUUGAUUUUGAUUGGAUAGUGCCUUGGACCAUUAAAAAAAAUCUGCGAAAUAGCGAGGGAGCGAAAAGUGAACCGCAAGUAGUGAGGAAACACUGUAUACAGUAUAUACUGUGACAUCAGAACGAAUUUGAUUCAGUAUUUGGAGGUCUCCCAUUCGUAAAGCUACUAUAAGUCGAAGUCAAAUUGAUGGCAUGCAAGAAGAGCAACUGAAAAAAAAGGCUUGAGACAGGGUGUUAGCUAAAGAUUUAGUUUCAGUUUUCAGCUAAAUAAACUAUGUGAAUGGAGACAUGCGAGUGACAUAAAUUCACAUAUAAAUGAUAGGGGAUAGGUUAGUGAAAGAGGAGAGAUAGGGCAGUGCCUUGGGAGAGGGACAGCACAUGAUUAAUUUAGACAGAUUAUAUUGCCCCUUUUAGCUCUUGAGCAACAUACAAAAUUUGUAGUGUGGAUUUCAGCAAAUUGUGUUUCAAUAGUGGCAGACCAGAGGGAACAAUGUGAAUAGUAAACUUUUUCUUAAAGUAGCAACAUCCCCUAAAACGCAAAGAAAAACUUUAUCAAUUUAAGGCACUUCUUUAAUGUACAGAUUUCCAGCCAAUGUAGUCUUCAUUCAUUCUGUAUAUAGUUAUCCAUAACUAACAGAAUAUAGAAAAAUGCAUUCAACUGAAUAUUGUCUUUAACUGGUAAUACUCAGGGUACUUGGUGGUUACCAUACUAGUGGAGAAGAAGCAACCAUAAAUUUUAAUUAGGAUUUCAAAGAAGUUGGGAAGAGGGAAUCCUAGCCCUCAUUAGGUUCAAUGCUUUGUGCAUUUCCUUUAAAGUUUGGACUAAAGGCCAGAAUGGAUUUACCACCCUACUGAUAUAGGAGCCACUGGAAAUGUCUCUAAGGUUUUGGCAGAAAUCUUUACCAACCCUUUCUCAAGAAGUUAGGCAAUUAUUACAUCAUAUAUUUGUGAAAGACUUUCCAAAUACCCAUGACUGCUUACUGUCAAACUCUUUGCUUUCCACUUUACAUAUUUAGAAGUACAGCUUAGUUGACCAGAAAAUUUUCAAAUUUAAUACUGACCUGAAAGCUAGUGGAAAAUGUUAAAGAGUAGUUUAACCCCAACGCAUGCACACACACGUCCACUGUUUUGUCAGUCUAGCCUACCUUGCAGAGUUGUUGUGAAGAUUAAUUAACUCAUUGAAAAGAAAGGUAACAAACACUAUAACAAAGAAAAUUACUGCACAAUUGUUGAGGUUUGGAUGGAAGCAGCUAAAGCUUUGAUCUCAUUUUCUAUAAAUUUGAUUAUUGGGUACUUUCAAUGAAAGUGUUUGUAAAUGGAAAGUGAUUCUAAUCACCACUGUAAGCAUCUAUGUUAUAUUAUUCAUGUGUACAUAAGGCAUGGACUUAAUUUCAUGGAAAGAUGAAUGAUGAAUACGUAUUUUGAAAGGCAUGACUUUGAGAAGAUCUAUGGGAGGGAAGUGAGGGGACAAAAGAGGAUUCUUUCUGUGGCACAGAAUGUGAAUUCAGUGCCUUUACAAUUCUCUGUAACCAUCUCAUUUUGGGGAUCUGCUCCAGAAGCAUACCUGGUAAAUACAGCUAUUGGAUCCAA